UCCAUGGUGACCCGGCAAACAACGAAGCUAGCUAAUAAGCUAAGGGUUUUCAAAGUUAACAGGUUUCUGCCCUGAAAAUAAAAUGUCUGUUCAGGCUGAGGCUCAGGAGCAGGAGGAGUUUGACAAACUCUUCACCGUGUUUGACGGCUCUUCACCGGAGGACGUGUCACACGCCCGGCAGCUGUGGAGCUCUCUGUCCCUGCUGCCGCCGCUGGAGUCCCGCCUGGUGUCGGCUGAUAUCCGCCAGAGGCUGCCGGUGUCCCGGCCGCAGCGCAGCACCACCGCCGGAGCCAAACCUUCCGCUUCGGAGCCUCCGAGUGUCCACGAUGCUCGGCAGCUGCAGGAAGAGAGGCGGCGGUACGCAGCCAUGGCCGACCAGAGGAAGGAGAUCCAGGCUCUGAUGAGGAGACAGAGGGAGCAGAGGAUUCAGAAGGAGCUGCUGUCUGUGGCCUUCAAACCUAAGGUGAAGGUCUUCAGAGAAAACAUGAGGAAACCACAAGAAGCUUCAGAGACUGAGAUGGACAAGGAGCUGGUGAAACAGCUUCAGUAAAAAAAAAAAAAAAAAAAAAAUUUUAAAAAAGGACUGAUAGAGAUACAGAUAUGUCAAAAUGAAACGUCAGUUUAAUGCUGUGAAAUGAUAUAUUGGUCUUUUUAAUGCUGCACAUAUAUGGAAAUUAAGUUUAUUGUGUUUCCACAUUGAAUUCCUAAAAUACAAACUGAACACUAAACAUGUUCAACUGUAGCCAAGUGGGGACAGGAGGUUAAGUAAUAAAGUAAAUAUAUUUAGUAUAA